UGGGUUUUGACAGAGGCGAGGGUAAGCCCUGACAGACAGGAUCUCCCGGACUGAGUCCACCCCCUGCGCCCACCCACACACCCAGCGACUUUUCCCCGGCGAGGGGGCAGGGGGGGCAGCGACGCUCAUGCUCCUCACUCUGUAUCGCACCCGUCUGACUGGGGCUACCUAGGGAGCACAGUCUCUUGGAAGAGCCUCCAGGUGGAGAAGGAAAAAAAUACCAUCCUCCCCCAAAACCUAUGGUUUUUCCAUCCCUUACCCUCCUUUCCCAAGCCGGCGUGGACAGCAGAGCCGGCCGCCUAGCUCACCCUCGCCCUGCUCUCCACCUCUCCGCCCGAGGGAGGAUGAAGAUGCUUUGCUGGAGGAUGGCACUGUGGCUGGCCGGCUGGACUGUCUGCGGGAAGCCUUCUUCCUGCUCUGGCCUCGAUUAUGAUUACACUUACGAUUUCACUGAAGAGGAUAAAGCCGAGGCGAUAGAUUAUAAGGAUCCUUGCAAAGCUGCUGUCUUUUGGGGAGAUAUUGCCUUAGAUGAUGAAGACUUAAAAAUCUUUCAAAUUGACAGGACGAUUGACCUUACGCAGCACUCCAACGAAAGACUUGGCCAUAACACAGGUGGCUUUGGAGAGCAUGGAAUGUCAAAAAAACCUGGUGCCCUCUAUCAGCUCAUAGAGAGGAUAAGAAGAUUUGGCUCUGGUUUUGAGCAAAAUAAUACAUCUAAAGGAAGAACUACUGUAAAAUUCUCAGGGAAAAAUGAGAAAAACCGAUUUCCCAGAGCUGCUACAUCACGAACAGAAAGAAUAUGGCCAGGUGGUGUCAUUCCAUAUGUAAUAGGAGGAAAUUUCACUGGCACGCAGCGCGCCAUGUUCAAGCAGGCCAUGCGGCACUGGGAGAAGUACACCUGCGUCACCUUCAUCGAGCGCAGCGACGAGGAGAGCUACAUUGUCUUCACCUACAGGCCCUGUGGGUGCUGUUCUUAUGUGGGUCGAAGGGGAAAUGGUCCUCAGGCUAUAUCUAUUGGCAAGAACUGUGAUAAAUUUGGCAUAGUUGUCCAUGAGUUGGGUCAUGUGAUAGGUUUUUGGCAUGAACAUACACGACCAGACCGUGAUGACCAUGUCAGCAUCAUUAGAGAGAACAUCCAGCCUGGUCAGGAAUACAACUUUUUGAAGAUGGAGCCUGGAGAGGUGAACUCCCUGGGGGAACCAUAUGACUUUGACAGCAUCAUGCACUAUGCCAGGAACACCUUCUCAAGGGGCAUGUUUCUGGAUACCAUUCUCCCUUCCCGUGAUGACAAUGGUAUACGACCUGCCAUUGGCCAGCGUACCCGUCUAAGUAAAGGAGAUAUUGCACAGGCAAGAAAGCUGUAUAGAUGUCCAGCCUGUGGAGAAACACUGCAGGAAUCUACAGGCAACUUUUCUUCUCCUGGGUUUCCAAAUGGUUAUCCUUCCUACACACACUGCAUAUGGAGAAUCUCUGUGACCCCAGGAGAGAAGAUCGUUUUAAACUUUACCACCAUGGACCUUUACAAGAGCAGUCUCUGUUGGUACGACUAUAUUGAAGUAAGAGAUGGCUACUGGAGAAAAUCCCCUCUGCUUGGCAGGUUUUGUGGUGACAAACUGCCAGAAGUGCUCGCAUCCACCGACAGCCGGAUGUGGAUUGAGUUCCGCAGCAGCAGCAACUGGGUUGGGAAGGGUUUUGCAGCUGUUUAUGAAGCUAUUUGUGGAGGUGAAAUCCACAAAAAUGAAGGCCAGAUCCAGUCUCCCAAUUAUCCUGAUGACUACAGACCAAUGAAGGAAUGUGUGUGGAAAAUAACAGUGUCUGAAAACUACAAUGUAGGAUUAACCUUUCAAGCAUUUGAGAUUGAAAGACAUGACAACUGUGCGUAUGACUACUUGGAAAUCCGAGAUGGAGCAAAUGAGAACAGUCCUUUGAUUGGUCACUUUUGUGGGUAUGACAAGCCAGAAGACAUUAGAUCUACCUCUAAUACCCUGUGGAUGAAGUUUGUUUCUGAUGGAACUGUUAAUAAAGCAGGGUUUGCAGCUAACUUUUUUAAAGAGGAAGAUGAAUGUGCCAAACCUGACAAUGGGGGCUGUGAGCAGCGCUGUGUGAAUACCCUGGGCAGUUACCAGUGCGCCUGCGAUCCUGGCUACGAACUUGGUCCUGACAAGAAGAGUUGUGAAGCUGCUUGUGGAGGACUCCUGACAAAGCUAAAUGGGACUAUAACCACACCAGGGUGGCCAAAAGAGUAUCCUCCAAACAAAAACUGUGUGUGGCAGGUGGUUGCCCCAACACAAUACCGAAUUUCAAUGAAGUUUGAGUUUUUUGAGUUAGAAGGGAAUGAAGUUUGCAAGUAUGAUUACGUGGAGGUUCGCAGUGGCCUUUCUUCUGAUUCCAAGCUGCACGGUAAAUUCUGCGGUUCAGAAGUGCCUGAAGUUAUCACCUCUCAGUACAACAACAUGCGCAUCGAGUUUCGCUCUGACAACACUGUCUCAAAAAAAGGCUUCAAGGCACACUUCUUCUCAGACAAGGAUGAGUGUUCCAAGGACAACGGGGGCUGCCAGCACGAGUGCAUCAACACAGUGGGAAGCUACGUCUGCCAGUGCCGGAACGGAUUCGUGCUACACGAAAAUAAACAUGACUGCAAGGAAGCUGAGUGUGAGCAGAAGAUCCACAGUCCCAACGGCAUCAUCACGAGUCCCAACUGGCCUGACAAGUAUCCCAGCAGGAAGGAGUGCACAUGGGAAAUCAGUGCCACCCCUGGCCAGAGGGUCAAACUGACAUUCAAUGAAUUUGAAAUAGAGCAACAUCAAGAAUGUGCUUAUGACCACUUGGAAGUGUUUGAUGGUGAAAGUGAAAAAUCGCCAAUCCUGGGACGCUUAUGUGGCAAUAAAAUACCAGAUCCUCUCAUUGCUACUGGAAACAAAAUGUUCCUCCGCUUUAUUUCUGAUGCUUCAGUUCAAAGAAAAGGCUUCCAAGCAACUCACUCUACAGAGUGUGGUGGUCGUUUGAAAGCUGAACUGAAGCCCAAGGACCUGUACUCAUAUGCUCAGUUUGGUGAUAACAACUACCCGGUGCAGGCCGACUGCGACUGGCUGCUGGUGGCCGAGCGCGGCGCCCGCGUCGAGUUGAUGUUCCAGACUUUCGAGGUUGAGGAAGAGGCAGACUGUGGCUACGACUACGUGGAGCUUUUUGAUGGUCAUGAUAAGACAGCAGUGAGACUUGGUCGAUUUUGUGGGUCUGGGCCACCAGAAGAAAUUUAUUCAGCAGGAGAAUCUCUUCUACUUCACUUUCACACUGAUGAUACAAUCAACAAGAAAGGAUUUCAUAUACGAUACAGAAGUAUAAAAUAUCCAGAUAGCGUGCACACCAAAAAAUAACACAAGAACCUCCAUGCCAGAAAAAAAGAGUGAGAAACAAAGAACACACAGUGAAAGGAAGGAAGGCGUGUCAAUUUUUUAAAAACUGAAGUUAUUAGCACAAAUGAUUAAUAUAAGUUCAGUUGAAAUGCUGACUUAUAAUACCAGAGACUGAAAUAAAAUAAAAGAAGAAAAUCACCUAUCCCAGUGGAAUAGUCAAGAGGACGAUGUGCAGGCUCCAUACUUGACUGUCUCUGCAGAGCUUGUGAAAGGACUUGGCAUGCAGGGAGAAAGAAAAGCUUUUGUUCAUGGUCCAGUAUUUGCUAGAACCCUGCGUGUGGAUUCAAUCAGUUUCAUUGAGGGGAAGUGACCCUCUAGAUCGUUCUUCUCUCUGACAAUUGUAUGGUGUCUAGAAGGAAAAGAAGCUCUUUUAGGUCACACACUCAAAUACUGUCCUUCUACCUAGUUGCUUUGACUUUGAAUCCUGCGUACGGUGUGUACAAAGACUUGGAAGAAGAUACAAAAUGGGAAGGCCUUCCUGUAUUGUUCUGUAUUUUUUACAAAUUCACCUGCCAUAUCAGGUUAUCAGUGUUUUGAAACUGGAAAAUCCUACUUCUGAAACAUAACUGAUCUAUAGAGUAUUUUGUUUAACUAAUGACUGAGAAGUCUGAACUGUUACAUCAGUCAUCACUAGUGACCAAUCACUAGCUGACUGAAUUUUAAUGGUGUAAGCAUCUGAAAAUAUUUGGUUUACUGGUUAAGUAAGCUAUCUCCGAUGAUGUGCUCUUAUUUUGCACUGAAUAUAGAAAGAGACUGAAAUAAAAACCUGUCCUGAAUCAAAAUCUGUAUCCAUGAAAAAGACAAAUGGUCCAGGAUCAUCUGAAACUCCUCCUACUGAAUUUUUUUCAGCAGUACAUUUGAAACCACUGCUAAGCUUUAUUUCUUUGGACCUUUUUGUGAAUGAGCUAUUUGUUGGAUUCAGUUACUCAGAAAUGAGGCUGCAGUAGUGUCCAAAAGACAAGUUUCCCAAAGAGGUUUUUGUUAGGUUUUUUCCUAAGAGCAAGACUAUCCCUGAUGGUGAAAAAAGCAGAAUGAAACAACAGACCCAGGAUCUUUUUGAUAUCAAGUGUGAAUUUCUAUGGUGCUAUUCCAUGAACAUUAAAAAAAAAACAAAAAAAAAAACAAACCAAGAAGUUUUAGACUUUUGAGCCAACAGUUUGCAGAUCAUGAAUGUCUCACUAUACCUGGCUGCAUCUGGAGAAGGAAGGCUUUACUGCUCCGAUGGAAAGUGGGUUGCAACGGCAGUGCUAUUCCUGUGGAACAACUACUAUUAUUGCCUUAGAAUCCUCGCACACAAUCAGACAGAUCUUCCUGUAGAUACACUCCUAAUUUGAUAAAUAAUUUGACAUCUUGAGCAUCUUAGCAUACACUAACAAAAGGAUCUUCAAGCAAAAGCCCCAUCUGCAGAGAGAGAUCAUCUGCUGUAAAUACAGAGACCUGCUUUUGAUGUAGAGAUAUGUUACAUUUAGAACUGAGAUAUUCUAUGUGCUUUAGGCCGUACAUGGCUCUAGUCAUAAUGUAUAUGCAUUAUGUAAGUAUUGUAUGAAUGAGUGCUCCAGGAGAGUGAGAGGUAUUGUAUGGGUGAAUAUGGAAUUGUUUCUUUAUGUGCCAAGUUCUAUCAGGACCCUGUUUGACUGUAGCAACUUUUCUUUAAAGGCUUCAUAGACAGAUAACAAGGACUUCUAGUUUGCAAAAAUCAAGUUUAAAUGAAGUAUUAUGUUUCACUUACAAGAAAUAUUAUUUUGAUAUCCUUUGAUGUAAGUUGCUACUCAAAUUAGCUUAGUUUUUGUUUCCUUCUAUGAACAUACAUUGGCACUAAUAAAUCUGACCUUUUUUUAUAAAAAUAAAAACUGAAUGUCCGUUUAGAUCUCUUUGCUUGUUUUAACAGUCCUAUUAUUACUCAUAUAUAUUUUUCUUUUUCGAUAGCUGAUGUGUGUGAAGUUCAAAAGCUUAAUAAUUUCUGUGUUUUUAUAAUGCUGCUCCAAUCUCUUUGGCUCAUUUUUCAGGUUGUUUGAUCAAGAAAUGAACUACAAACAGUUUCUCCUAGGUCUUUUACUACAAAGUUCAGGCAGAGAUAUUACUAAAGUUAAAAAAAUAAAAUGUGUAUUUUUGAUGUUGUUACAUAAUUUAUCAGCUUGGUGGAAUUGCAAUGCUUGAAUUUCUGAAAGAAAAGCAAGCAGAAGCAGUGUCUCCCUGGCAUGGUUAAUCAAAAGGAACUGGGAAAGUCUGAGGGUGAAAGCAAAUGCAAGUUUCCAUGCUAUCUUAUUUUCCACUUUUCUGUUUUCAUCUCCCCUUAAUAUUCUCUCUCUCUCUGUUUGCAAAAGCCUUCCUUUUCUCUAAAUUUGACUUUCUUAUUCCCCUGAGGAUUACUCUGAUAACCACAGGGUUGAGCCAAGAUCAUUACUUUUUGGAAAGGUUUCUUUUGUUGUUGUUGAUUCAUACAGGCCCCUGUAUAAAUCCUGCUGUCCUGUAUUAAAUACUGCAGCAGAAAUGGAUGGAGAAGAGGUUGGAUUGGGGGCAAGACAUUAUGGUGUAUUUCCAAAGCCCUGUGGAAGUGAUUGUCUAUGGUCAUGUCAAAGUAUUGCUUUUGAGCACAUCAUUGCGGGGAUUUUUUCACAUGGAAUAUGUGGAAGUCAGAAGAGAGCAGUUGCCAUAACUUCAAAUACAAAGUUUGAUUUUACUUCUCUGGUUGGUUAUUCCUCUGUAGAUCUCAUAUGCUUCAGAGUGGUGAAAAUGCAGAAGGUGUUCUUAAUGAUGAUCUUGCUGAUAAAUGGACCAUAUGGGUUCUAUCUUCUCACUGGCCAUGAUCCUAGUCUGUGCCUCGUGGUGCUAUCAGAUGCUAUUAAAAACACAGCUAUUUACAAGUCCUAGGAGGUUUUUCCUGAUGAAAUGAAAAAUGACAUAUGUAGUGAACUCCUCCCUUAUAGGGGAAGUAUGCCUUAUAACUAGCCUAACAAUAAGAAAAUAAUGAAAAAAUAAUUUAUUUUUGUUUUUGAAAUUGUGAAAAGCAGUGUGGGUUAUCCACAUGUGCAGAUCCAGAUUUGAGAUCUAGUUACAGUGCGUUUAUUGACAACAUACCCAUCAGGGUGAAGAUGAUACUUGUUCUGCUUCCUAUUUGACACAAACUUUUUUUGACUGUGGCAAUGUCACUGGAUUUAAAUUGUGUUUCCUGAAGCAUAUCAUAAAGUUUUCUUCUCAACUACCUAAAGAGCUUCUGAUGUGCUGAAUAUUAUUAUUUAAUGUUAAAUUUAGCAUAAAGUGUUAUUUUGAUAGAAUGUACUGGUCUGCAUGGCUGACAGGCUCUUAGAGAAUUUAGGUCUGUUCUGUGGCAGAUCAAAUCCUAUGAUCAAUAUCACACUGAUAAGAGGGAAGGUAAGGUGUGUUUGUGAGAAGCUUUCCUUUUGUCCUUAAAAAAAACCUUAACAAACAAAAGAGAGAAAAAGGUUAAAAAGAGUAAAAGUCGCCAGGGAAAGCGGUUAAAAUGGUUGCCUUACAUACAAGGUGUGGAGGUCAAGCUGAAGUGAAUAAAGCAAGGUAGGUGCACACACAGCAGAUUUUCUGUUCUUUGCUGACCUUUUGUUAUAGUCUACAACAUAUUUGAGUAAUAUUGCCUUGCUGUGAGACCCAUGAAAUCGCGGAUUGACCUAAGCAUGGGUGAGAGCCAAAUCAGAUCCUUAACACAAUAUUGCAGCGUUACUUUUUCAUUUAAAGCAGAUUGCUUUUGAACCACUGUAAAAAUUAAAUUCAUUGGAUGGAAGCUUUAUCCACCUGAGGAAUCAGUUCUGCACUUUUGCUGUGCUGCUGGGGUACAAGUGGCACACCCAAUUUGUUCUAACAGAGGAAAUUGUUGUUGACCUCACAGGCUGUGUGUGUUGCACUGACUCUGUGCUGCACCGCCACAGAGAGUGGUUACCGCCAAGGCUCACUGCAACUUUUAUAAUUAAAUGGUUUUGUUCUGCCAAAAUGUACAGAUCUCAGAGUUUAGAGACCUGAUAUGUGUAUGCAAUUUCAGGAAAGUAUUCAAUCUUAAAAUAGAUCUGGCCAGUAACCAGAAGAGAAUUUUGCUUUGACUUCAGGUCUGAAGUUAGGUACAAAUGAGUAAUAGGAGGGGAUGGUUUAUACCACAUUAACAUACCUGAUCAUACAGAUUGGCAGAACCUUACCGAAGGACUUGCUCUGAUUUUGAUUCUAUAAUUUCUGAUUAUGAUUUGAUUAUUAAUUGGUUAGUCAAAAAAAAAAA